CGGAGUAAUAACUCAUCUCAAGUCUUUCACACGAAGCAACCUUCCCCAUUUCUCACCGGAUUUCUUCUUCAUCUUCACUUUCUCUCUCUUUUUCUUUCCAUUUUCCUUCUCACUCUUCGAUUUCCUCCAUCGAUCUGCGCGUUUUCAAGAGAGAGAGAGAGAGAGUUUCUGUUUGUUGAACGCAUUUGUGGUGAAAUCUAAGGAUGAGUCACAAAGGGUUAAUAUAUAGCUUUGUUGCAAAAGGAACUGUCGUUUUGGCAGAACAUACAUCUUUCUCAGGAAACUUCAGUACCAUUGCUGUUCAAUGCUUGCAGAAGCUUCAGUCGAAUAGCAGCAAGUACACGUAUUCGUGUGAUGGAUACACUUUUAACUUCCUUAUCGACAAUGCCUUUGUUUUUCUUGUUGUUGCAGAUGAAUCAACUGGAAGGAGUGUGCCUUUUGUGUUUCUUGAGCGAGUGAAGGAUGAUUUUAGACAGCGUUAUGGCGGGGGCAUUAAAGAAGAAGGUCCGCAUCCUCUUGCUGAUGAUGAUGAGGACGAUGACUUGUUUGAAGACCGAUUCAGCAUUGCAUACAAUCUUGAUAGAGAAUUUGGGCCAAGGCUUAAGGAGCACAUGCAAUAUUGUAUGGAGCAUCCAGAAGAAAUGAGCAAGCUUUCCAAAUUAAAGGCUCAAAUUAGUGAGGUCAAGGGAAUUAUGAUGGACAAUAUUGAAAAGGUUUUGGACCGUGGUGAGAGGAUCGAGCUUCUGGUGGACAAGACUGAAAAUCUGCAGUUCCAGGCUGACAGCUUCCAGAGGCAAGGAAGGCAACUGCGACGGAAGAUGUGGCUGCAGAACCUCCAAAUGAAGCUGAUGAUUUCGGGCGCAGUGCUCAUCGUAAUUGUCAUUCUGUGGCUCAUUGCUUGUGGAGGUUUCUCAUGUUGAUUGAAUGGCAAAACUAAAAUCGGUGAUCUUUAGUACCUCUUUAGAUGCUAUGUUCUUCAUUUGGUGUACAAAAGUGUUGCUGAUCUUGUAUAUCAAAAACUCGUGCCAAAUCUAGAAGCCUAGAACCUGUUCUACGCUGUAAUUAAAACGUCCCUACUCCACUCCCUCUUGGUCUUGUCGCUGUUCUGUUUUCUAAUUCAAAGAAUUGUGGUCUUAUGGGCAUUUCUUCUGUUGUUUGUACAAGAGAAUAAAAUUACUCUUAUGGGGGUAUUUAGUACGAAGAUUCGAGACAUGGUUUGAAUCAUGAUUCAUG